CGAUAUGUCCCGCUCUCCUCAACAGCGCGUGGCCUUGCGUCUAUCGUUCUCGAGGAGAACCAUGACUACAUCUCCGAGAAAGUCAGAGAGACGAAGCUACAGAAGCAAUUAACGAACAUAUCCAAGGCUGCAGACAACGGUAAAAUCCCAAUAAUACUUCUCUCGCCUUCUCUUGGAGCGAGAGAGAGAGAGAGAGAGAGAGACACUCUUUCGCUAUGCCCAUGACCGAGUUGACUCAGGCCGAGGUGUACUCGCCGAGGUCUCUGCAGGUAUGGCGGACACUCCUCAACUGGUUUGCCUUCUUCUUCCAGAUCUUCUAUCAGAUCCUCAGAGCUCUUGGUCACCACCCCAUGCUCUCUUCGGCUUCCUCCUCUUCUUCUUCUCCUUCUUUCAAGCCCUUGCCGGUCGUUGAGCUCCCGGACGACGACUCUCCGCCCACCUCCGCCGUCGAAAUCCCCACCGCCGCCCCCCCAGACUUCGAUUCCGACGACCGGUCCGAGAAGCUCACGGUAGUUCUUGACUUGGACGAAACUCUAGUAUGUGCAUAUGAGACAACCAGUUUGCCAGCUGUUGUUCGUAAUCAAGCAACAGAAGCUGGGUUGAAAUGGUUCGAACUCGAAUGCAUAUCUUCAGACAAGGAAUGUGAAGGAAAACCUAAGGUCAAUUACGUUACAGUUUUUGAGCGUCCGGGAUUGGAAGAAUUCUUAAAAGAAGUUGGUGAAUUUGCUAAUCUUGUACUGUUUACUGCUGGUCUUGAAGGUUAUGCUAGACCGCUUGUUGACAGAAUAGAUAAGGAAAAUCGAUUUAGUCUUCGACUUUAUCGGCCUUCAACAAUUAGCACGGAGUAUAGGGAGCAUGUGAAGGAUCUCUCCUGCCUAUCAAAGAAUCCAUGCCGAGUUGUUCUUGUUGACAACAAUCCAUUCAGUUUCUUGUUGCAGCCACUGAAUGGAAUUCCAUGCAUUCCAUUUACUGCUGGGCAACCACAUGACACACAGCUUCUGGAUGUCCUACUUCCACUCCUAAAGCACCUCUCUCAGCAGAAAGAUGUGAGACCUGUGCUCUACGAAAGGUUCCAUAUGCCUGAGUGGUUUCAAAAGCAAGGAAUCCCUAAUUCUGCUUGGACAUUGUAGAAUAAAUAGUGUGUGAUAAUGAAAGCCGCCAUUCUUUGUACAAUAUGCUACAAUUUGUUUGUUCAAAGGCAGCAUCUCAUAAUUGGACUUCAAUUUUUGUAUAGCAUCAAUUUGUACACAAGAGGUGAUGAAGGCCCCCUUCAAAGGUUUAUCAAAAAGGUUUCAAACUUUGCAAGUCAUGGUCACAUGUACACCAUUAAUGUAUUUAGAUUUGUCAAAACUUUGAUUGUUAUGUUACUUCAUUUUUAAGCUUGUGAUCCUCUUGAUUGUUCAUGUAACUUGUCGAAUUAACAAGAGUAAGUCUAUUUAGUUGACUA